AUGGACAGCGACGAAAGGUUGGCUUUUAUCGAUUUUCAUACCUUUUUGGUUUUUGUAAGAGACGUUUCAAAUUUCAUAUCAGUUUUUUUCUUGUUGUAGAGUAUGAUAACUUCAAUAGCUUGUGUAACGCACUUUUUGAUUUCGUUUUUAAUGAUUUCUUGGAUUCGAUCAUGUUAUAGAAAAAAAAAUAGAAGGAAUUUUGAGCAGAAUUUCAAAAACUAUCGUAGUAGGAAAACUUCAUUUCUAAGUUCUCUUAGUUAGUAGAAUGCUUAAUUGAUCGAGAUAUUCAUUGAAAUCCUAUAAAUGAGAGAGACCCAAAAACUUCGGGUUCCUUUGAGUAAGCGCCUAGAAAAUAAUGAAUCUCCGGAUUUCAGCACCGUUCUCAUCCCACCAAAUGCUUCAAAAUCGGAGCCGAGUAAAUUCUACCUUGUUUCUUCAUUGGUGAACUUUCAAUUUUGGAGAAGUAAUAACGAUGAAAUUGAAGCUUCGAUAUGCGACACGCCUGGAAAAGCUGAUGCUGAUUGUUGGUAUCCUAGCGUCCAUUUUGUGCGCAUUUUCAAUUCCUCUUCUUUCUAUAGUCAUUGUGAGUACUUUUCUAAACAAACCAUGUCAAAAUUUUCAACUAGGGCGACAUUGGCCGAAACUUCAUUGAUCUAACAAAAGAUCUUCACAAUCAAACAAUUGGUUCGGAUCUCCUCCAAACUUUGAAAAUCAAAUGUUUUUCAGCUCCUGAGGAGUUGGACAAAGAGUUGCAAAUAUUCGGGAUUCUGAUGCAUAGAAAUUGUUUGGGUUAUGCUGUUUUGGGAAUGUGGUCUACAUUUUUUGCUUUUGUACAAGUGAGGGAGCUCUUCUUUUACUUUGUAACUUUAUAAUGAUUAAGACAAGUUUUCUGGUUUACGUUGGAGAAAACAUAAUUUAUCGACUUCGAAGAGAUUUCAUCGCUGAACUUCUGAAACAAGAUGCCGAAUGGUUUGAUAGAACCUCAAUUGGAACAAUUUCAACUUAUCUCAACGAGUUUGUCAAUAUUUGAAAAUGUUUUCAUUUCUGUUUGCAGUAACCUUGAAAGAAUACGAGAAGGAACUGGUGACAAAAUUGGCCUCACAAUACAGUUUUUCACGGAGUUCACUAUAAGCUUUGCUAUUUCUUUCGUGUACAGCUGGAAAAUGGCCGUCUCUCUUAUCGCGGUGGCUCCUAUUAUGAUGGCAACGGGAGUUUUGAACACCUGGGUCACUUUUCCCUUUUCAUAGUUAACUUGAAGUUAUAUUUCAGUUGUCGUCCAAAUUCUCGAAGAAACAAAACGCGCUCUAUGCCGAGGCUGGAAACAUUGCAUCCCAAGCAUUGGGGUCUAUAAAGACUGUCAUCGCGUUGAAUGGUCAGAACCAAGAAAUAACAAAGUUUUUCUCGAAGUUGAAAUGAUGAUUUUUUUAAGUUUUGUAGAUAUGAGAGUGUUCUGAAGAAAGCAAGAAUGGAGGGAUAUCGAAAAGCGUUAUCAGGAGCCCUUUCCCGAGGUGCCAGCUUUAUUAUUUUGUGUGGACUCCAAGGAGCCGCAUUUUUUAUCGGAUCUUACUACGUCUACGAUGGUGUUCUGGACGGUGGAACGGUCAUGAUUGUAACUGAUAAUCCGGUUUCCAUCUUUUAUUAAUAUUCGUUGCAGGUAUUUUACUCUUUGUUGUUUGGCUGUUUCGCUUUUUCUGAAGCAUGGCCGCAAUUGUCUUCUAUUGGUUCGGCGAUAGGAGCGGCGUCUCCCAUUUUCGAUAUAAUCAAUAACGUAAAAAAUAGUUAUUGAACAAAAAGACUGUCUUUUUCAGACGCAUGAAACCAUUGAAAACUCAGCAAAUCGCUAUUCACAAGAUAUUGAACUUGUGGCAAGCGUUGAGUUCAAUAAUGUUUCUUUUGCCUAUCCAACUCGUUGCGACACCACUGUUCUUAAGGUUGGAAAAUCGUACCUGAAAGUUAAAGUCCUUGAAUACAGGGAGUUUCCUUCAAAGCAGAGGAAGGUGAAACGAUAGCUUUAGUAGGAGCAAGUGGGAGCGGAAAAAGUACUAUAGUGCAGCUUCUCCUUCAAUUUUACGAGCAAUCUGCUGGGACGGUCAAUGAAAUUCACUUGUGCCAUAAUUCUGUUGUCACCAUUUAGAUUAAAAUUGGAGGACACGAUGUCAGCAAUCUGGAUUUGAAAUUCUUACGAAAGUUCGCUGGAGUUGUGUCUCAAGAGCCUAUACUUUUCAACGCGACAAUCGAAGAAGUUGACUUUUUUCCGAAUAAUCUUUCAUUUGUUAAUUCAGAAUAUAAAGUUUGGCAAGCCACAAGCAACUGAAACAGAGGUUAUCGCCACUUUGAGGAAAGCCAAUGCAUACGACUUUGUAAUGCAGUUUCCAAAGGUGUGAAUUUUCUCGGUAUUGUGUUCAUUAGAUAACCUAGGGACUGAAAACGAUGGUCGGAGAACGAGGAACACAGCUGUCUGGAGGUCAGAAGCAACGACUUGCUAUUGCCCGAACUCUUCUUCGAAACCCCCGUAUUCUCUUGCUGGAUGAGGCCACAAGUGCUCUAGACGCCGAAAGCGAAGCGAUUGUUCAGAGAGCUUUGGAAAAUGUUUUCGACUCACGUUUUCAAAAAAAAAAAGUUCGAUUUUCCAGGCUUCUCAAGGAAGGACCACACUUAUCAUAGCGCACAGAUUAUCUACCAUUCGCAAUGCUAACCGAAUUUUAGUCAUGAAAAACGGCGAGGUAUCAACUCUCUGAAAAGUUGCGAUGGAAGUUUUACAAACGACCAAUAACUCGAAAAAAUUUUCAGCUUGGUUUUAUCUUUUUCAUGUAAAAAAACUAUUAUUUUUUUGAGCAUCCAACCAUUUAUUGACCGCCAAGCCAAAAAAACUUUUUACCUGAUUGUUUCUCAGGAAAUGGAAUAAAGUCAAGCAAAUCAAAAAAUAAUUCGCAACUUCAUAAUAAACUUCCCUUUUGUCCAAAUAAAAAUAUUUUUCUAUGUUUCUUCCAAUUUUAAGAUAGUCGAAAUGGGAUCUCACAGUGAUUUGCUAGCAGCUGAAGGAAUUUAUAGCGAAUUGGUUCAUUCACAACUCAUGAACGAUUUCGACGAAGGUGACCUCGAUAAUUGAGAAAAAAGGAAAAUACUAAUUUUCCAGAAGACAUAGGACCACUCUCACCUUCGAGGCUCUCCAGAAGCUUAUCGAGUGAGCAACAGUUCGACUUUCACAGACAAACUUCUCACCAGUCGGCCAGUGCUCCACAAUCUGAACAGAAGAAUGAUAUGGAUCGCAUGAAAGAAGGUGCUCCGAGAUUUCUGCUUCUUGAAGUCUUAAAUUCACAGAAUUACGAGAAGAAGGUGCACAAAGAGCAACCUUGUGGCAAAUACUCAAGAUGUGCAAGUCAGACGUCUUUUUGAUAACUUUGGCCACUCUGAGCUCGAUUAUCCAAGCUGUACAUUACCCGUUCAUUAGUUUGUUGUUUGCAAAUAUUGUCGAGGUCAGUAGAACAUAAGAGAAAGCUUGAAUUCUGUUUCAGUCUUUUUCUUUGGAAAAAGAGGAGAUGCUGAGUCACGUCCAAUUCUGGGCUCUAAUGUUUGUUGCAAUUGGAAUUGCCAAAGCAUUCACUGUUUGGGUUCAGGUUUACCUAAACAACAAUUUCCGGUGAACUAUUUAUUUAUUGCAGUAUAUAUCCCUUGGCUACACCGCAGAAAGGCUUUCUCUCCGACUUCGUCUCAAUUGUUUCAAAUCGUUACUCCACGCAAAAUGUUCUUUCUUUGAUGAUCCUCACAAUUCUCCUACUCGACUAGCCACCAGACUUUCAACAGAUUCUUCAAAUAUUAAACUGGUUCCUUUCUUGGCCGCUUUAUUGUAAGCAGAAAAGUUAAGGCCGUCGAUCCGCGGUUGGGAGGCGUGCUUACAUUAGUUAUUUCGGCAUUCAUCGGUAUUUCUCUUUCAUAUUACUACGGCUGGAAGUUGGCGACAUUGGUGGGUUUCGAACUUCGGAAUAUGUGAUCUUAAUCCCAGUUUCCAGACAUUGGCAAUGGCCCCAAUUUUGCUGUAUGCUGAACAUUGUUUUGCUGGAUACGUCAGUGGAGCUGCCAGAACAGACUCUAAGGCUCUCGAAAACAGUAACAAGGUUAUAGAAAUGUUAUAUCCAAAAUCUAAAGGCUUUUUUUGUAUAGAUCGCGGCUGAAGCCUUGGAGAACGUAAAAACAGUUCGCUCAUUGCACAUGGAAAGCCAAUUAUUAGGUAUUAUUGAUACUCAUCUGCAAGACGCUCGAGGAGAAAUCAAAAGAAAGUCUUUCAUUCAGGUGUGACUGUUGAAAGUAUUUUUUUCAAGUUAAAUUUUUCAGGGCCUUGCUUUUGGAUUUGCUGGAAGCCUUUUCUUUUAUUUCUACUCGAUUUGCUUCUUUUAUGGUGUUUAUCUCAUUCUACACAGAGAGAUGGAACCAGUCAACGUUUACAGGUAGUCGACCUUUUUUCUAACAACUCUAAGCUCAGAAUUCUAGGGCGCUGUUUUCGAUCAGCUUCGUUGUCAACAACUCAACAUCGGCUACGGCUUAUUUUCCUGAUUACAUAAAAGCAGCUUAUGCUGGUGGCCUAAUUUUUGAAAGUAUAUUUUUUUAUUCUCUUUUUUUCGAAGUGAAAAAGUUAUUUUUUUCAGUUGUCAGCAAGAGCGAAAUCAGCCUUUUUGAGCUUGUGUGAGUCAGGAAAUAAACAUAUCCGUGAUGGCGCAGUUGAAGUCAACGAUGUCAGCUUUCACUAUGAGCAAAGACCUAAUCAAGUAAUUCUGGACGGCGUUUCUCUCACAGUCUGUAAUUUUAAAUUUAUUGAAAAAAAUUCAGUUUAGCUUGAGCCUGGAAAGACGAUCGCGUUAGUUGGACCAAGCGGCUGUGGAAAAAUCGACAAUCAUUUCUUUGUUAGAAAGAUUUUACGAAUGUACUACGGGAAAUGUCGUACGUUUUUUUAUUGGGGAUUGAGACAUGAAUGGAACAAAAAAAGCUUAUUCAUACAAGCUGCAAUAUAUCAUAAUAUAUCAGAAUAUAUCAUAAUACAAAAAUAUCAUCAUAAACCUACUUUUUUUGAAGAAUUACUGAGUUAGGUUGAACUAAAAACUUUUUAGCUAGUUUUUCUUCUUUCUUUCUGCUCCCCAAUAAAGUUUUAUAAACAUGAAAAAAAGCACUCAUAAGGAAAAAAGUCGCUGAGUAGAAGCAGGACACAAAUAUACACAAAUUAAAAAUUUAAAAAAAUCGAAAAAGUUUUUUUGUUAAUUUUUUUGUCCUCUAAAGUUUUUCCAAUCCGAUAGUUUGAAUAUACAAAACAGUUUUUGUAAUGGGUAAUCUCAGGCUAGAAUAUUGUAUAAUCUCGAUUCAUUAAUAAGUAACUCUUUACUUUCACCAACAGAAAUAAAAUUUUUCUUUUUAUUAGUUAGUGUAAACAUUAGUGUAACAUUGUGAAAAAAAAACGGAAAAUUUUAAGAAUUUUUGAAAAAUUGUUUAUUCAUAUUCACGAGCCAUUAAUGAAAGAAUGACACAUCUUUUAUCCGAGAUUGCAGAAAAUUGAUUCUAUCGACGUCAAAAACACGAACCUUUAUCAUCUCCGGGAAAACCUCUCUUUGGUUUCUCAAGAACCAACGCUUUUUAACGGCAGUAUCCAUGAAAACCUUAUUUAUGGCCUCAAUCGAGUGGUCGAGUCUUCUGAAAUCAAUGAGGCUUUGAAAACUGCCAACGCAUUUGACUUUGUGAACAGUUUGCCGCUGGUCUGUUUCAACCGUUUUUACUAAGAAAAUGAGAAUUCAUUUUCAAGAAACUGAACACUCUGGUUGGGGAUCGAGGAACACAGCUCUCUGGAGGUCAAAAGCAGCGAAUCGCAAUCGCUAGAGCUGUUUUGAGGAAUCCCAAAGUUCUUCUUCUUGACGAAGCGACCAGCGCUCUAGAUGCCGACAGCGAAAAGGUUUUAUACUUUUUCUGUUGCUUAAAAGUGUUUUAUCUCUCUCUUUUUGUGUGGUAAUGUGUAAAAAAUGGAAUUUUAAAUAUUUUUAACAACUUUUUUGUGUUCCUGUUAUUUACAAAUUUCAAUUCUCUCACUAGAAACUCUUCAUUGUCAAUUGAUGUUCCGAAUUUCAGCUCGUUCAAAAAGCUCUCGACACUGCGAGCGAAAGAUUAUCCACGGUGGUCGUUGCACAUCGACUCUCUACAAUUGUCAACGCCGACAAAAUAGUCGUAAUAAAAGCAGGAAAAAUAGUAGAAUCAGGUAAAAAGAACUAUUAUUUUAUUUACAUUAUGAAAAUUUGAGGAACCCACGGAGAGCUGAUGAAACUGAAAAAGUCCUACUGGCGGUUAACACAAAAGCAAAACAGUUCUGGUUCGAAUAAUCAGUAG